UCAUCAAGCCAUGUUAACCCACAAAUGCAUACACCGAUAAUUGGGCAAAUAGAUGAUUAAAAAACUAAUACCGGACAAAUCUCGCGUGGCACGUAGGAUGAAAAGUUUAGUUAUUUCAGCCGUUCGAUUGAAUUGCUUUCUAGCUGCUUAUUAAACUUAAGCUUUGAAUAGGUGUGAAACCCAUUCGUUCAUAUCGUACAGAGCAAAAGCAACAGGGUCCAAGCAGAUUGAAGGUGCUGCCUCUGAGCUGUUCGAGGAAAUUCCCAACAGAGUUUUCGUUUUCACGGGGUGUGGCAUUUUGAUCAGGGCAUUUCCUCAACCCCUCAUGUUGCAAGCACUCGUCUAGUCUUCCAGAAUUCCAUCAAAAUCUCUCCUCUAGACUCCCUCUCUCACCAUCCCUAAACUCUGUUUCUCAAUCUCGCAAGACUCUUCAAAAUCCUUAGAUGUUCCUAAUGUCAGAAUCUCUAGACCCCUAAUUACAUUGAAAUCCUUUCAAAUCUUCCGCAAUCUAAUCCUGAUUGUUUCAAGAAGCUUUUGAUUCAUCGGAAUGGAAGAAACUAAAUUUCAAGAGAAGUUGAAAGAUUUGACCUUUGAAGGAAAUUCUUUCAAUAUUUUGAAGCAAUUGGAAGUUAUACUUCAGAGUGAUCCUUUAAUUGAUGAAGUAGGGUUUUUACAUCCAUCCCAAUUUGCAGCGCUAAAUGAAGAGACAUAUGGAUCUGCUAAUAAUGCGCAGAAUUCAGAGAAUGAGAUGUCCAGCGGCAACUCCAUUUUCUGGAAUAGAGAUCACAAGUUGGCCAUUUCAACUGAAGUGCUCUUUCCCUUGUAUGCUGCUGCUAAACAUGCUUUUGAGGCUGCAGCUACGCAAUAUAAGAUGCUAACUAACUUACCCACAAAUAGGGGUAAAUCAAUGGAUGAAACUGCAGCAGAUAGCUCUCAGUUUUCAGCAGACUUCCUUGAAAAUGAAGUAAUGAUGCAUAGCAAGGCUCUUUUGCUGCUAAGCUGUGACUCUGCCACUGCUUGGAAUUCAAGGAAGCUUGUCAUUUCCAAGAAGCAACAAUCAUCACCGUCGAUGGACGAACUUCUGUUUUCAUCCCUGAUUCUCUCUUAUGCUCCAAAAAGUGAAAAUGCUUGGAGCCAUAGGCGCUGGGUAGUGAAGACCAUUGCAGGGACACAUCCAAACAUGGAGAAGAUAGUUUAUAAGGAAUCUGAGCUUGUGGAGAAACUAGCAGAGAAAUCAAAAAUGAAUUAUCGUGCGUGGUAUCACCGUUGCUGGCUCGUUUCUUACUUGACAAGGAGUCAGGUGCUAGAAGAAUUGAUGAAAUCAAAAAAAUGGGCCGAGUUGCACGUUGCUGACAAUUGCUGUUUCCACUAUCGCGUACAACUAUUGCUUAAGUUGUUAGAGUCGAGCAUCUCAAAGCAUGGUCAAGAUGUAUCCAUGAAUUCCUACCCGGAACUUUGUCGAGUAUGGAAGGAGGAGUUAGACUGGGAUAAAAUGCUCAUAAAGCGAUAUGUAGGUAGAGAGGCUCUAUGGGGUUAUCGCAGGUUCCUCUCUCAGUGUUGGGUACAGCAUUUUGGUAUUGCUGCUCGAGAUGGUGCCGACCUUCACGGAGAUGAUUUCAACAUAAAAGAUGUGAUACAUAAUUUUAUGGCUGAUGAGAUCCAACUACUCCAGUCAUGCUUGACAAUCAGGGAUGACGACUUUGAAGACUGACACACACAGGCAGUUCUUGCUGCAGCUUACGUUCUCUGGUUAUCAAAGCAAAUUCCCCAUUCUGGAGGGGUGGAGUCACUGCAGAAGAUAAAAGAGAAGUUGGAGAUCUUAAAGCAUUGCUCAUUAAAUUAUGCCCUGAAAAGGCUCCACUUUGGAACGGCCUAAUUUACUGAAGACAACGAUAGAGAAUUUGAUGUACUAAUGUUUGAAUUUGUUGAAUGAAAUAGUCAAUUUACUGCAGAUUUGUUAUGACGGAUUUGGUGUCAUCCACAUCCGGUUCAUCUAAAUAAAUGACGGAUGUUAUAUUUUCUAA